UGAUAAAUUGCAGUUCCGUAUAAUAUUAAGCAAUACGUUUGUGGAACACCAUCAUGUUCACAGGAAUCUACAGAUUGUGACAUCAACAAAUGUUCAAUCGCUGGAAGCGAAACUACUCCCGCUCCUUAUUCCAAAGCUCCUUCGUUCUCAUAGCUUAAUGUGCCCUUUCGAUGGCCUCUUGCGUUAAACAGACCAAGAACCGGGCUUCAUUAGGAAAAGACGUCUCCAUAUUCGCCUAUGCCGAUAGUCCAAGAUGCACCAACAGGGCGUCGAAGGCUCACAAGAAAGUGGAUACUUCGGAGAUAACGAUGGAACCGCACUGUGACGACGCUGACCCAGAUCAUAUAUCCAAAUCGGUUCGAAAAAGAAAGACUGCAGCUACGGAUGAUGCAGCGUACAACGAUUACCAUAUCAACAUAUGGUUCCAUAUAUCGGACCACAUUCGACCGGAAGAUAUUGGUCGGUUUGCGUGCAUUUGUCGCAAAACGGCCGAAGUGGUGGAGAGUGGAAGAUUCUGGAGUCAGCUUUACCGAUCGUAUUACGAUCCAAAGGUUGAUCUACCAGCACGGUUCCAGCCGGAGAGUAUGGUCCGUCGGCGCGGUCUGCGGGCAGCCGUUAUUCGGUCGCUGUUCUACCUGUAUCCACCGUUUAGCGAGCAGUUAAAAAUUGCAUCUCUAGUGACUGAUCGCGUUGUCGGUCGCCAGAUGCUUUCUGCGUGGCACAAGCGAACGAAAAACUGCUGGACCUACUAUUUUCGACUAAAGGCAAGACAGCAGCCCGGAAGUCGCCCCGCACUGUCUGCUGAACUGCAACGUCAAAGAAAUUCGCUCGCUUUCAUGCAGGAUAUCUACAUGAAUCCGGAAGAAGGCUGCCAGAUACUGAUGCUGACCACCGACUGUUUGAAGAUGAUUCCGAUGUACAGCGAAACGCUGUUUGUGAAGAACCUGACGCAAACCCUGUCGCAGAGCAUGAUGCGGUAUAAAGUACGUAUUGUGCUGGCCAAUUACUGUGGCAAAAUGACCGAUGAGCUAGUGUUCGAUGCGGUCCGCAACGUGACGGUGCUGGACUGGUGGAACCCAAAGUACGACGAAGAGCUUGCAUGGACCGUCCCAACAAAUGCCAGUGAACUGGAUGUGAGCGAAGAGCUUGACUGGAAUGUUUUGUGAAUCAUUCUGGUGGGUUUUAAACCCCAUCGGCCCCUUAAAACUGUCUGGUUUGUGGUACUGAAUUAUAUUUUUAAACAACAAUUGACGAUUCAGAGCAGCCUUCUUAUUAAAUAUAUACG